ACACCACACCCAUCACCCGCACCGGUGCUAGACUGCUAGUGGUAGCUCACCGGCGCGGCCGACAGCGACGUCGGCGAGCUCGCGAGGGACCAACAACUAAUCAUGCAGGCAAGCUAGGCAACGACCCACGGCCGGCUAGCUAGCUAUAGCUAGCUAGCUCGGUCGCUAUAUAUGCCUUGGCUACCCGACUCCAACCAACCUGACACGACGUAUUACGUCUCCCUCUCCGAUCGAGCUGCUCUGUCGUACCAGCAACAACCCCCGUCUUAAACCCCGGCCUCUCGUUCGCCCGAGGCUGCUCAUCAGCUGCAGAACUGCUAGCUCUCGACACAAUCCAUGGGAGAGGCCGUCACCGCCGCGGAGCUGCUGUACGGCAUGCCGUUGAUCCGGUCGGUGUCCGGGGACGGCGGCGGCGGCGUCGAGAUCGGCGGCUGCAGUGCACUGCUCGUGGAGCUCAAGCAACUGUGGGGGGAGAUUGGCAAGAGCCGGGAGGAGCGGGAGCGGAUGGUGCGGGAGCUGGAGGCCGAGUGCAUGCGCGUGUACCGCCGCAAGGUCGACGAGGCCACCGGUGAGCGGGCCAUGCUGCACCAGUCGCUCGCCGCCGGGGAGGCCGAGAUCGCCGCGCUCACCGCCGCGCUCGGCUCCGACAACAGCCCUCAGCUCAAGGUAAACAAAUGGACCAUGUCGUUGACCGAGCGGGUGUCGUCAGCAACGACCCUGCUGGAAGAACUGAGGUCGGUGAAAGCAGAACGGAGCAGGCAGUUCGCUGACAUCCGUUCAGAAAUCGAAAAGAUCACCGCUGAGAUCGCCGGGAGGAGCUACGGCGGCUACGAGGGCUCCCCCAGGGCCGGCGAGGUGGUGGAAGAGCACGACCUCACGAUCAGGAGGCUGAACGAGUACAAGGCGCGCCUCACGAGUCUCCAGAAAGAGAAGUCCGACCGGCUCCACAGGGUCCUGGAGCACGUGACGGAGGUGCACUCGCUGUGCGACGUGCUGGGCGAGGACUUCAUCGCGAUCGUGAACGAGGUCCACCCGGGGCUGCACCUGCACGAGACGUCCGACCCCGGCAAGCCCACCAGCAUCAGCGACAGCACGCUCAGCAGCCUCGCCCAGGUCGUCGCCAUGCUCGCCUCCGAGAAGGCCAAGCGAGCAGCCAUGCUGCGAGAGGCCGUGGUGCCUCUGGUGGAGCUGUGGGAGCUGAUGGACUCGUCGGAGGAGGAGCGGCGGGGUUUCAGGAAGGUGACGGCCGUUCUGAAUCCUGACAAAGUGGAUGCUCUGUCCUCCGGCGUCCUGUCAGUGGCGACCAUAAAGAAGACGGAGGAGGAGGUGGAGAGGCUGACGAGGCUCAAGGCCGGCCGGAUGAAGGAGCUCGUGCUCAAGAGGCGGCUGGAGCUGGAGAACAUCUGCCGCAGCAUGCACGUGGAGCCUGAUGCGAGCACCGUACCGGAGAAAUCCAUUGCGCUGAUCGACUCUGGUCUCGUGAAUCCUUCUGAGCUCAUGGCCAGCAUUGACGAACAGAUAGCGAAAGCCAGGGAAGAGCUCCAGUCCAGGAGAGAAGUCAUGGAGAAGAUAAACAAGUGGCUGCUGGCGUGCGAGGAAGAGAAAUGGCUCGAGGAGUACAACAUGGAUGAGAACAGAUUCAGUACCGGCAGAAUUGCGCGCCUCAACUUGAAACGCGCAGAGAAAGCAAGGCUUAUCAUCACCAAGAUUCCAGCCGUUGUUGACAACCUGAUCAUUCGAACACUCGCAUGGGAGAGCGAAAGAAAGAAGCCGUUCCUGUACGACGGGGCUCGCCUGGUUGCAGUCUUGGAGGAGCACAAGCAAGCCAGGAUCAGGCAGGAAGAGGAGAGGAGGCGACUCAGGGAGCAGAAGAAGCUGCGCACCUUGCUGAGCGAGAAGGAGGCGAUGCCGCACCUGAAGCGGCCCGGCAGCAGCUUCGGCAGGGCGACCGAGCCCUGCAACGUGAACCGGAAACGGGUCGACGCGGCGGGCAGGUUCGCGUCCUCCGCCGCGCCGUCCGUGCGCAGCGGCGCGUCCAGCAGCAGCAGCAGCAGCAGCGGCAGCGGUGGUGGUGGUGCAAGUGCAACGGAGCUCAUCAGGCCGCGCUCGUCGGCGGCGGGCGCCGGACAGUGCGGCGAGUUCUUCAAGGGCGCGAGGCGGCUCUCGGCGCCGGCGCCGUUCAACUACGUCGCCGUGUCCAAGGGCGGCAGCAUGUCCUCGUCGCUGGCUCUGUCCUGAACUCGCAGGUCGAAUUCGCAUGAGUAGGCAAGUAGCAAAGGCGUGUACAUAGAGUACCAUUGUCAUUUGUAGCGGUGUUACUUGUGUAAUUGUCUUUCCACACAUAUUUUUUCGAGUGUCAUUCGUGUCGGAAAA